AUGUACAACGAAAGCUCUUCAUUUCAGAGUGUACCUAAAGAUCAUCACGAUACUCAGAAUUCUCCCUCAACUCCUGGAAGGACUUCAUUUUAUCUUAAUGACCUUGAUAAGAAAGUGAAUGAGCUAGCACCAGAUAGCAGUAUUCAAUACUAGUUGAACACACCUCAGACUUAUAAUGGCUUAAACAGUAACUAAAAUUCUAUAUCUCAUAACAAUGGUGGAAUUAACAUCAAUGGAACUUCAAGCAAUAAAGAAUUUACCUCAAUAAAACUGCAUAAGAGUAGAUUAGCUGUAAUAAAGCCUGAAGAAUGGAAGAAUAUACCAGUGUGCGUUGUAGCAGCCUUUAAAUUAAUUAUUGAAGUCAACGAGGUUAAUGAAGCAAAUAUCACAGGUGUCAAUUAGAAAGCAGAAUAGAUUAAGGCUAGAUUUAACAAUGCCAAUCUGAGAAUUGAAAAAGAUAUAUAAAGAAGAGAUGAAAAUUUAAAGGCUGAAAUGAGAUCGCUCUAGCAAUAGAUGAGAAGUGAUCUUGACUAUAGAUUUUAGGAGGUUUCUAGCUGGUUUGAUCAGUCUCACAGCUAGCAAGAAACUUUCAAGCACAUUGUUAAUGAGCAGCUAAUUAAUUUAAACGCUAAAUUAGAGUAAAAUGAGAUCAAGAUAGAAGAACAGUCUAGCAUUCACAGUCAGUAAAAUCUUCUCACUGGUGGUAACUCGGAGUAAGACUGCAGAAUUCGCGAAUUGGAAGAUCAGCUAAGGCUUCUUUAAAAAUAGCUUCAAGAUGUAUUAGAGCUACAAAAAUAAAGUAUAGAAAGCACAAAACCUAAGGUUAAGUCGAAUUUCAAAGAGAAUGUAUAAAGUGAAAUAAACUUAUAGGCAAAGGCAAUCAGCCAAAUAGAGAAAAGACUGGACAAAUGCAUGACACAGAAUCAGAUUUCCUCAAUUAUUAAGCAUGAGCUUUAAAUAGUUUAAAAGGUAAACGAUGAUGUCCAGAAUCUCCUGGGAAACGGCAUUUCAGGGGAAUUAAAAGUCUUAAAGGAUGAAUUUCAAACAAAAAUUACGCUAGUUGCUGAUUAAAUAGAGCCGAGAUUAAUCUAGUUAAAGACAUAAAUAUCAAGAGAGAUAUAAGACAAGGUCGAAGCCACUAAUAUCUAAUACCUAGAGUAAAAAACAAUGAUAGAAAAGGCUAAAAAGAAACUUAAGGAAAAAGUUGAUAAGUUAGCUAAUUAAUAAGAUGAAAGGAUUGAAGAGAAGCUAACUUAAUACAAACUAAUGAUAAACUAGUAGGUUAUCAAAGAAAUCGAAGAAUACAAAAAGAAAACUAACUUGGCAGUUGAAGAAAAGUGUUUUAAUCUAGACUCAAAGAUUGACUAAAUUCAAUCUUUGAUUGAAAGUUAGGAUUCAAUAUCUGGACAUGCAAUUAACCAUGAUAAUAAGAUAUCAUAGGUAAACGAUUCUAUCACAAAUUUCAAUACACAUCUGAAUUAGAAAAUAAGGCAGGAUCUUUCGUUUGAGCACAUUAGCAAGCCGUAAAACAUCUAGCUUGAGACUAAUGAUAUGAACUUAAAUGUCUAAAAAAAUCAAGGUCUAACUUCUCGAUCUAAGAGAGCUCAUUCUCAUGUUAAAAAGAUAUAUACGACAAAGAUAAGUUUUCUAGAUUCACACAAAGAAAAGAGCUCUAAGCUUGUCCAUAAACCCUCUAUGUCCUCUUAAUUCAUAAGGAGUACUAAUAAGUAUCGAGAAAUAUUAGAUAGAUUAGACAACAUUGAGAGGCAGCUCGCAUAUGUUCUGGAUGGUGAAUAUAAUCACGCAAAGACUAAGAUACUAUCAUAGCAUUAAACUUAAAGUGAUUUCAAAGCAAUGAGAGAAUUUCAUGCGGAAAUGAGGAAGUUACUUGAGGAAAAGACAUAAAUAGAAGAGUUUAUACUUAGUAAUAAUGUUCCAGAUAAACCAUUUAAAAUUGAAGAACCCUAAGUGAUAUAGUAGCAGACUUAUGUACUUAAGGACAAAGUUUAGCCAAAAGAGCAAUUAUCCUCUAAAUAAGUUCUUCACAUCGAUGAUGAAACUUUUAAUAAAUUUUGGAGCAAGCCUAGCAGCGGAUACAAAGAGUACCGAGAAAGAAAGUAAAAUCUGAAAGACACUCAAUCUCAAAUAAAAACUCAUGAUAAGGAGAGAAUGAAUAUUAGCAGCAAGCUGUCAGUCAAUGUAAGUGAUCUUUUCGCUCUGGAUAGAAUGACGCCAGUAAUACCAAAGUUGACUGUGGAGGAAUCAAAUGUGAGCAAGAAUUACUAAGGUCGUACAGUAAAGUAAAUUAAUCAAAUGAAAAUAUUCAACGAGUCCAUGAAUCUAAAUUAUCCAGUUAUAAAGCCAAAUACUGCUCAGUCUGGUUCAAGACGAAAACGAUUAAACGAAAAAACUUUGGUCUCACAUUCAUAAUACGAUGUUUUAAAAUAUGAGGAAAAUAAAACUCUAAAGUAAGGCAAGUAUUCUAGUAAGAUAAGAACUCAAGCUCAAACCCCAAUAAGUGAUAGCAGAAUUGAAGGAUAAAAUUUAGAAUUUUACAACUUCAAUUAAAAUCCUUUAUCAAAUAGCUCCUCAAUAAACAAAUACGUGGCCAAAAGACCAAAUAACAACCCUGCAAUAUUAGAAGUGUAGUAUGAAAGAUUAGAAGGACUUGAUACUGUCAAAUCUCAUCUCUAAUAUUGA